AUGGCUGCCAUACUUUAUAUUGGAUUACUACUUUUGAUCGCAAGUAAUUGUUCAGCUGUAACAGCAACAACAGAAACAGUCCCAAAUGAAGAAAACACAACAACAGAAACAGUCCCAAAUGAAGGAAACACAACAACAACAACUACUACUACCGCUACAGCAACCACCGCUAAAUCAAUAAUUCAGCUAUGUUCAUACCCAGAAUGGAAUGAUACGUACACAACGUUAGCAGGUGAAAGUGCUAGCGCUGGUUCCUCAAAAUCCGAGCUCUCUAAUCCACACGGCGUUUUUGUGGAUAGCUAUGAUGAAGUUUAUGUUGCUGACACUGGCAAUAAUAGAAUAAUUCUUUUUUCACCUGAAUCUAAGAGUGGAACGAUCGUGUCUGGUUUCACGUUAAAAGGCGGCAAGGGAAAUGAUGAACUUGAUUCUCCAACGGCUUUCUUCGUUACUCGCGAUCAAACCUUGUUCAUAGCCGAUUCUGGUAAUGCACGAGUUCAAAAGUGGAAACUAUGGGAUAAGCGUGGUUACACAGUAGCCGGUGGGAAAAGAGCUGGUGCAACAUUAGACAAGAUAUCGAUGAGCUAUGGAUUAUAUGUCGAUGAUGAAAAUAAUGUCUAUGUAUCAGAACACAACAACCAUCGUGUAACUCUUUGGAUGGCGGAUGAUACAGACGUUGGCCUUCUCGUUGCUGGUGGAAACGGUAUGGGUAAGUUACCUAAACAAUUGGCUAACCCAUGGGGUAUCUACGUAACAAAGAAUGGAACAGUAUACAUAGCUGACUUCAACAAUCAUCGAAUUCAAAAAUGGGCGCCAAAUGCUAAGUCUGGCUUGACUGUGGCUGGAGACUCAAACGGUGUGGCUGGUUCUUGGCAAUAUCAACUUUCAUAUCCAAGACAGGUCUUGCUCGAUCAAUAUGGCAACAUGUUCAUUUUGGACACUGGAAAUAACAGAAUUGUGAAGUGGCCACAAGGUUGGACCUAUGGAUUGCCUGUAAUAUACGCAUCAUCAUUGAACAGUGCUUAUGGCAUGCAUUUUAGUGGAGCUGGAAAUCUUAUCGUUGCCGAUACAUCUAACCAUAGAAUCAUCUCGUUUUCAAUUGCCUGUCGUGAGUUCAGUUUAAAAAAUAGUUGA